AAAAAAAGAGGACGAAAAAUCAGGAAACGAUUGGGUCUGACGGACGAGCAAAUGUGGAUUUUAUGGGCUUUUUGCACUCGCUACUCGUGCUGGCUGCAGAUUUUUUUUUUGACGCAGGAGUGAAACAUUUGUCGAAUCCUCCUCCGGAUCGGAUUACACAGUCCUGGAAAACGAAAACACGUCUGUCGAAACAAUGGUUGCUCGUAUCUGUUCUCAGCACUGGUCACGGUACGUGUGCGCAGCUCUCUUUUUGACUGCCGCCUCCUUAAAAGUCGCUUCUGCCGUUACGCAUUAUUCUGUUCCAGAAGAAUUGGAAGAAGGUUCGGUUGUCGCGAAUUUAGCUGUCGAUUUGGGACUAGACGUGAAGGCAUUAGUCGGGCGGAAAAUGCGGAUUGAGAUCAUUGGGAACAGAAAAUAUCUGGACGUGAACAAAGAAACGGGGGAGCUCUACAUCGUGGAACGAAUGGAUCGAGAAUUUCUCUGCCCCGCCAAGACGUCCUGUUACCUGAAAAUGGAAGCCAUCAUCGAAAACCCCAAAAGAAUAUUUUACAUCGAACUAGAGAUACUGGAUAUUAACGACAACGCCCCUCAUUUUAGAAGAGACACCAUAGAUUUAGACAUUUCAGAGGCGACGCCGGCCGGAGAGCGUUUUUCUGUCAGCAACGCAGUCGACCCAGAUGUUGGCGCAAAUUCAGUGAAAACGUAUCACUUGAGCGACAAUGAUUAUUUCACAAUGGAGAUUCAAACUGGAAGAGACGGAUCGAAAUUCGCGGAUUUGAUCCUGCAAAAGACUUUAGACAGAGAGCAGCAGGCCGUUCAUAAUUUAAUAAUAACUGCUGUCGACGGCGGUGCGCCGUCUCGGUCUGGAACCGCCAGCAUCAUUGUUCACGUUUUAGACACGAAUGACAACGCCCCAAUAUUUGACAAAGACUCUUACCACGUUAAUGUCAUGGAAAAUUCUCCCAUUGGAAGUCAUGUAAUUCAAUUUAACGCAACAGAUUUAGACGAGGGAUCAAAUUCAGAUUUAUUAUACUCAUACAGUCUGUACACACCAGAGAAAACGCAGAAAACAUUCAAUUUAAACCCCAACACGGGUGAGAUUACUGUAAAGGGAGUCCUAAAUUAUGAAGAUUUUAAGAUUUAUGAUAUGGAAAUUGUAGCCACAGAUAGUGGAGCAAAUGCUUUAUCGGGCCAGUGUAAAGUACAAAUUGCCGUUGAAGACAUGAAUGACAACCAUCCAGAAAUAUCAAUAAAAUCAUUCCACAGUCCAGUCAGUGAAAAUAUUGAUUUAAACACAGUGAUAGCAGUAGUUAGUGUGAGUGAUAAGGACUCAGGUGAUAACGGAGUGGUUGAUCUUCAUAUUCCUGAUAAUAUGCCUUUCAAACUGAGAGAAUCCUCUGAUAAUUAUUAUGAAUUAAUCAUCUCAGAGCCUUUAGACCGUGAGAAGGUUCCAGAAUAUGACAUCACUUUCACUGUAACAGACAGAGGUUCUCCUCCUUUAUCUGACAAUGAAACUAUGACUUUAGAACUGCUGGAUGUUAAUGACAAUGUUCCUCAGUUCCCUCAGUCAUUUUAUACCAUACGUGUAAUGGAGAAUAACGCACCUGGAGCUUUGCUCAGUUCCAUCACUGCGUUUGACCCUGACCUCCAUGAAAACCAGUAUCUAGUUUAUUUCAUCGUAGAGAAGGAGAUAGCCAACACCUCCAUGUCCAUGCUGUUCUCCAUCAAUCCAGAGAACGGUAAUCUUUACGCACUCAAAACAUUUGACUAUGAGAUUGAGAAGGAGUUUCUUUUCCACAUUGAGGCCAGAGACUCUGGCUCUCCUCCACUCAGCAGUAAUGUGACCAUCCACAUCAUUAUUGUGGACCAGAAUGACAACACUCCAGUUAUUGUCUCUCCGUGGAGACCACACGGCUCAGUGGUGGAGGAGAAGAUCCCCAGAUCUACUGAUAAAGGCUCUCUGGUUGCCAAGGUGAUCGCCAUAGACACAGACUCAGUGCACAACUCUCGGAUUACCUACCAGUUUCUCCAGGUGACUGAUGCCACCUUGUUCAGUCUGGACCAAUACAACGGAGAGAUCAGGACCAUGAGGAUGUUCAGUUACAGAGAUCCACGUCACCAGAGAAUGGUUGUUGUUGCCAAGGACAACGGGGAUCCUGCUCUCUCUGCUACAGUCACCAUCAAGCUGUCCACAGUGGAGACUGCUGUUAAGGCCUACUCUGACAUGACUGAGGAGCGUCUAGAAUAUGACAUCUUUUCAGACUUAAAUCUGUAUUUGGUCAUCGGUCUGGGCUCAGUGUCAUUUCUUCUGCUCAUCACCAUAUUGGUCACCAUCGUGCUGAAGUGUCAGAAAACCACACCCAGCAAGGCGGCUCCAUCCUGCAGGAACAGUGUGAUCAGUGAGAGGAACUCCACCAUCGCAGAUUCCACUCUGGUGUCCAACGAUGCCUACUGGUACAGUCUGUUUCUAGCAGAGACCAGGAAAGGAAAGCUGGUGGUUAGACAGCCUCUGCCAAAAGGAUCCAGAUACAUCGUGUCCAGUAUACCAAGAAGCACAGGACUGACAGAGACCAGUGACUCUGCUGCCUCCACUCUGCAGUACCCUAAGUGAAGGAAGCCCACUCUGCAGCUGGAGGCAUCAACAACCAGCAGCAGCAGCUCCAAAUAAGACCACAUCUCCAGUGGCAUUUUGGACUGAAGCUAAUAGGAAGCCUUCACAAAAGAAAGGAGAAACCCCAAUCAAUUAUGGUCAAUGCCCGCUGUUACCCAACCCCAACCUCCCACACCCACCCUUUUAUCAAAGCACAUGAAAAAAACAAUCAGCAAAGCCUCUGUGUCCGUUCAGUGUGCAUGAUCAGUCUGCACACUCCAACCAUCGCUUCAGACACUCCUAUAAAAAAAAGAUUGUACAUAAAACUACACCAUUUGAUAUUCAAGAAGACACAACAUGAACUGUUUGAGUGGAUGCAGACUGGGUUAUCAUGGUGAUAACAGACUAUUUGCCCUCUGCAACCAAGAAACAAAUAUUGGGUGUUAACAUUUUUAUCUUCUGUCUUGCACUGUUUGUUUUCAUCACUUAACCAAGAAAUGAAACAUCCAAUAGCACAAUUAAUAUCAAAA